AUGGAGUCAUGGCAGCCGAAUCAAGAAGAACUACAGCAGGUGCUUCUCCUCCUCCUUCACUCACAAUCCACCGACACCGAGGUGCAGCGAAGCGUUCAACAGCGUCUCGAGCAGUUGAAUGAACACCAAUAUUUUUGCUGCUAUCUCGUCUACAUUAUGAGCGAUUUGAAAGAUGAACAGGUUGCGUCUCGAUCGUUGGCGGGGCUGAUUCUGAAGACAAACAUUCGCACACAAUGGCUCCGACAACCGGUAGAGAUCCGCGAUUUCGUGCGCAUCAAGACGCUGAACUCGAUUGGCGAUCCGAAUGUGCUGAUUAGAGCAACGGUUGGCAUCAUCAUCACGACGAUCGUUUGCGAAGAGGGCAUCCAGAAUUGGCCGACCCUAUUGCCGACAUUGGGCGAUUUGCUUGACUAUCAGGAUCCAUAUGUGCAAGAGGGCUCGAUCAACGCAAUCCAGAAGGUCUUCGAGGACAGCGGCGAUCGCCUCAAUCAACACGAGCAUAUCGAACCGUUGUUGCCAAAGAUUUUGCGCUUCUUUCAGCACGGGAACGGGAAAGUUCGGGGCUUGGCGAUGAAUUCGAUUAACUCGAUCCUCAUGGUGCCCGACGAACCAAUCAAUGUCGUUUUGGACGAGUUUCUGACGGAACUCUUUCGAAUGGCUCACGAUCCGGAAGAGGAAGUGCAAAAGCAGUUGUGCCGUUCGUUAACUUUGCUCCUUGAUGCUCACGUCGAGAAAAUGGCACCAAAUCUGCCGAAUGUCGUCACGUACAUCAUCGUCAAAACACAGGAUCCAAACGAGGCGAUCGCUUUGGAGGCUUGUGAGUUCUGGUUGGCGUUGGCAGAGAAUGGGGAGAUUUGCAAAGAAGUGCUCGCGCCGUAUCUGGAUCAAUUGGUGCCAGUGUUGGUGCAAUGCAUGCGAUACUCGGAGAGCGACAUUCACCUUUUGAAGGGCUACGACGACGCCGAGGAUUCUAUGGUGCCAGAUCGAGCCGAGGACAUUCGACCGAGAUUUCAUCGAAGCAAAACACAGGGAUAUAGUCAUGAUGGAACGGGUGAUGGAAACGACGAUGACGACGAUGAUGACAAUGACACGAGCACCGAGUGGAAUAUUCGGAAAUGCGCGGCCGCCUCGUUGGACGUGCUAUCGUCGAUAUUCGGUGAUCAUCUGUUGCCGGUUUUGUUGCCCAUUCUCCGUGAAGCACUUCAACAUCAGGAAUGGCAGGUCCGAGAAUCCGGGAUUUUGGCGCUCGGCGCAAUCGCCGAGGGUUGCAUGAAGGGAAUCGAACCGCAUUUGCCCGAAUUGGUGCCCUUUUUGGUGAAAACAUUGCAGGAUCGCAAGGCCCUCAUCCGGUCGAUCACCUGUUGGACGUUGUCUCGUUACUGCCAUUUUGUCGUCUCACAACCUCACGAAGUCUACUUUCAGAGCCUGUUGAAAGAACUCUUGGCACGGAUUUUGGAUGGAAACAAACGAGUGCAAGAGGCAGCGUGCUCGGCUUUUGCCACUCUGGAAGAGGAAGCGGCGAAUGAGUUGGUGCCAUAUUUGAGCGACGUUUUGCGGACACUUGUCAGCGCUUUCAACAUCUAUCAGGCGAAGAACCUGUUGAUCCUCUACGACGCGGUCGGGACACUAGCGGACAGUGUCGGCCAGCAUCUCGCGCAAGACGGCUUCGUGGAGAUGCUAAUGGAACCGCUGAUGCACAAAUGGAAUCGCCUUGCCGAUGAUGAUAAGGAACUCUUCCCCCUUCUCGAAUGUGUCUCGUCGGUGGCAUCAGCUCUCGGGAAUCGUUUCUUGCCCUACAGUCCCGCUGUGUUCAAAAGAUGCAUCGAUUUGAUCGUGAAAUGUCUCAAUCAGCAACAAGUUUAUCUAAGCGAUCCGGCCAAUCACGAUCCACCAGAAAAGGAUUUCCUCAUUGUUUCCCUCGACUUGCUGUCCGGUCUCGCGGAAUCCCUCCACUCACACAUCGAUCCACUUGUUGCCGCCAGUGAACCCUCGUUGAUCCAGUUGAUACACCUGUGUGCUGUUGAUCCGACUCCCGAAGUGCGUCAAAGUUGUUUCGCGUUGCUGGGCGAUCUGGCGAAAUCGUGUUUCCAUCAUUUGAAAUCGAUGAGUUCCGUUUUCAUCGACGUGCUCGCGCGGAAUUUGGAUCCUGAACAGGUGUCUGUUUGCAACAAUGCCAUUUGGGCGCUUGGAGAGAUGGCUUUAAAGAUGGGCGUCGAGAUGAAACCGUUCGUGCACUUGUAUUUGCAAUACUUGGUGCUGGUGAUGAAUCGACAAAAUGCACAGAGAACAUUGUUAGAGAACACGGCGAUCACGCUGGGCCGUUUGGGGAUCUAUUGCACAGAUGAGGUGGCUCCAUAUCUACAGCAUUUCAUCCGAGCGUGUUGCUACGCGUUGAGAAACAUUCGGGACAACAGCGAGAAGGAGAGCGCUUUCAACGGUUUAUGCCAUAUGAUCAACGCAAAUCCGGCCGGCUGUAUGCAGGAUUUCAUCUUCCUCUGCGACGCGAUCGCCUCAUGGAAUCAACCGCCGCCGAAUUUGAAGCAAAUGUUUUAUCGGAUCCUCGCCGGCUUCAAGCAGAAUGUCGGUGAUCAGAACUGGACCCUCUUCACGAAUCAAUUCCCGCCGACGUUGCGCCAGAAGUUCGUCUCCCACUACGCGCUG